AUGGUUCAGAUUCGGCCUUUGAUUCGACAACAUGUCUGGUCUCGGCUUGGAGAUGGCAGAAAUACCUCUGCUUGGUAUGACACAUGGAGCGACAUUGGUCCGCUUUGUACGUUUUUAUCUCCGAGAACUAUAACCCGAGAGGGGUUUUCGCUCAAGGCUACAGUUGCGGAUGUCUAUUUUAAUGGUACUUGGCUCUGGCCGGAUGCAUGGAGAGAUAUGUUCCCAGUUCUUAUUCAACUCGACCACAUGCAAAGGAGUUUAAAUGGCCAAGACCGGCUUAUGUGGAAGCAUGGAGAUAAUGUGGCCGAACACUCUUCAUCUAGAGUGUGGGAAUCCAUUCGAACAAGGGAUCAGGAGGUGGAUUGGGCUAAUCUCAUUUGGUUCUCUCAGUGUAUCCCUCGACAUGCUUUUCUGAUGUGGCUUAUUGUUAGACGAAAACUGGAAACUCAGGAUAAAAUCCUGCAAUGGAACCAUACACGGUCUAACAAUAUGAACAUGAUGUGCUGUGUGUUGUGUUACGAAGAUGUGGACUCGCAUGAGCAUUUAUUCUUUGAAUGUAAGGUAGCCACGAAAGUUUGGGAGGCGGUUCGUUCUAAAGCGGGUAUGGAGAAUUUGGAUCCUAAAUGGUGUGACAUUUUCUACUGGCUUGGUACCCAUUCGCGCUCAAAGUCAGCAAAAAAUUUGGUUUGCAGGUUGUUAGUUGCGGCCCUAGCUUAUACUAUUUGGCAGGAAAGGAAUAACCGGUUGUUCAGAGAUCAUGCUAGGCCGCCAGAGACGUUAUGCAAGGUGGUGUUUGACACUGUCAGAUAUAAAUUGAUAGGGCUUAGAUUCAAGAAUACUGCGAGGGUUCGGGAACUUCUUGAGAAGUGGGAUGUUCAUGGAGCUGAUUUGGUCAUGGAAAAUGGAUGA